AUGACUGGAUUAAAAUUCUUAAAUAUUGAGGCGACGGACAUUGAUCGUGGUUUAGAGUACUUACCGGAAAGUUUGGAAGAAUUUUAUUGUACCUCGUAUAAUACUCCAACUAGAGUGAGUAAGAUUGAAGAAAUUUUAAAAACUGUUCCUCCUCAGGAGCGAACAUUUGUUGCUGCAGAAAAUUUAGUUGAAGAGAUAAUUCUAUUAAAGCAAGCGAAAAUGGAGGUGAUUCAACCAAAAGAAGUGAUUCAGAAACAGUUGGAUUCUCUAAAUAAAAAAGAAAAAGAAUUAAAGGAAAUUUUAAAACAACUCAAGGAAAGAAAAUCAUCCUUGAUUGAGGAAGAGAUAGAUAAAUUUAAAAAAAGUAGCACAUUAAAAGGUGUGUUUCAUAAAGUAAAGAAUGUUGCUACUAGGCAGCAAUUAGAAAAAAUAAACAAAAAUGCUACGUUAGGGGAAAUUAGAGAUGCUUACAAAAGGCUGAGUUUAAAAUGGCAUCCUGAUAGUUUUGACCGUGGAAAUUCCCCUGCUAAAACUAGGAAGGAAGCCGAUGAAAUGUUUAAAAAAAUUAAAGAAGCCUGUGAAAUUCUUUCUGAUCCUCAAAAAAGAAGUGAAUAUGAUAACUCAACAGGAAAUGCCCAGCAAUGGUUGGUUAACUACUUAAAACAACGAUUUUCAAAUCAAGAAUCAUCACAAUAUACCAUUUCAGUUGGUGGCAGAAGAACAUAUAAUCCAUCCAGAGUAGCAACUAAUCCCAAAUUUAAAAUUGACUCUUUAGAGGCCAUUAGAGGCAAGAAUCUAGAAGGUCCUUUAAGUUUGGUAGAUUUUGUUGGCUUAAAAGAGAUUGAUUUAUCAGGUAAUAGAAUAACUAAAUUAGAGGCGAGUAAUUGUCCUAACCUGCAGGAUGAGUUACUUAGAAAUAAAAAAGAACUUGAAGAUCUCACUGAAAAAUUAUUGGAACAGAUUGAUGAAUUGAAAAAAAAGAAUGAUUCUCUUGAGAAGGAGAGAGAUAGUCGUCCUAACAUAACCCUAGGCGAGUGGGAAGGAACACAAAAAAAUAUUCAGGAUUUACAAGAGCAAAAUCAAGAAAUAGUUGAUAAAUUAUCUGCCAAAAAAAAGACUAAUAGCAAAUUAAGAGGUGAAAAAGAAGACCUAAAUAGAAGAUUAGAAGAACUGAUUAAGGCUAGAAACGAGUCUGAAGAGAAGUUAAACCAGGAAUAUAACAAUGUUUAUUUUCUUAAUAAAGAUAAAGAAGGUUUGGAAAGACAUUUGAAGGAACAGGGGAGUAAAUUGCAAAGACUGGAAAAAGAUUUAGAAACCAAAAAUAGUCAGGUGUAUGGCUUAGAAAAAGCCUUAAGAAAAAAAGAGAAUGAACUCACAAAUGCUUCACUAAGCCAUCAAUCGGUAGUCGGACAAAUGCAAACUUAUAUAUCUUCUUUGGAAAACAAAAACAUGUCUCUUGAAAGAACAGUUAAACAAUCAAAAGAACAAUUAGAUAAGUUAAACAUUAAGUAUCAAGGUGAAAUUGAUGACUUAAUUGAAUCUCAAGAAGAGUUAAACAAGGACAGCGCUAAUCCUCUCGCUCAAAAACAAUUAAAAAGAUCUAAAGCAAAACUUACUGAGAAAUUAGAAGAGGCAGAAAUUAAUGCAGUUUUAAUUAAAAAAAAAGAAGUGUGA